AUGGACAUGUCGGCGAGUGCGGAUGUCGGUGAAGGAGAAUGGCAGGGCGGUGACGUCGCGCGAUGGCGAUUCUCAGGGUACGGUAUAAUCCUUCCUCUGCCAGAUGUGAACUACCGCGGUAGAGCUACUGUAUCCCCAUGUCCCGACAUCGAGCUCACUCCAAUCCAUGUGCGCAUCCUCGACCUCAACUUCGACAUCCACUCCCAAUGCCAGCGAACACCUGCUCCACAUACCAACACCAUCGUCCGGCCAGCCAUGUCUCUAACUCCUCCACCCUCCGCCUGGUGGACCCUCUACCAAGUCCUCAUCAAAGGCACCAACUUCUCCCACCUCCCCACCCCCACCGCCGACCUCCGCAACCAAAACAUCGUCAUAACCGGCGCCAACAGCGGUAUAGGUCGCGAAGCCGCCCUCCAACUCGCCCGCUGUGGCGCGAACAUCACCCUCGGCUGCCGCUCCACCAUCCCCUCCCACGAAGAACACCCCUCCGCCACCGUCCUCGCCUGCCGCGCCGCCGCCCAAGAAUCCGGACACCUGCACUCCACCAUCACCUGGCUCUCCAUCGACCUCUCCUCCUUCACCUCCGUCUCAACCUUCGCCUCCACCUGGCUUGCCUCAAACAAACCCAUCCACCUCCUCCUCAACAACGCCGGCGUCCCCAAAAAAGCCGGCGUAACCCUCACCACGCCCGACGGUUUCGAACUCCUCCACCAAGUCAACUUCCUCUCCCACGCCCUCCUCACCCUCCUCCUCCUCCCUUCCCUCGCAACCGCCCCUUCCCCGCGAAUCAUCUUCACAACUUCCUGUCUGCACUACAUCCCCCCCUUCACCGACCCCUCGACCACCAACCCCAACAAAUCCGAUCUCCCCUACCCCCUCGCAAAACUCCACCUCCAAACUUUCCUCACCACCCUGCAACGUCGCUUCUCCUCCAACCCGAAAUUCGCACACAUCACCACGCAAGGCGUCCAUCCCGGUUUCGUCGGGAGUGGAAUCUGGGACGCGGCGCGAGCGCAGGGAGCUCAAGGAGACCAGAAAUCCACUUCUCCCUCCUCCUCCCCUCCUCAAAAAUCCCACAUCGCCAAUCUGCUAGAACCACUCCCCGACAAGAUUUUCGCCGCUCUAGUCCCCUGGCUUUCGAUCUCCUCGCAGCAAGGGAGUGUAGCUCUCGUGCACGCCGCUGUGGCGGAGGAGUGCGGCGGAGCUGCCGACGAAGGAGGCAAAGGGGACGGAGGAGGCAAAGGGGACGGAGGAGGCAAAGGGGACGGAGGAGGCAAAGGAAGGGGAAGAGGAGGUCGGUUCUGGAAUCGUAUCUGGGAAGAACCGGCGUUGCCCGCGAGUCGAGGGAUAGAAGAAGGGAGACUGGUGUGGGCGUAUUUGGAAAAAGUGCUGCGAUUUGAGGAGAGGGGGUUGGGGGGUGGGUUGGAGUUAGACGUCGUGAGAGUCGCAUAA